UAUCUAGACGCGCUGUCGAUCACUUUGGGGGAAAGUGGGAUUCACGCGCUUACUUUUGGUCUUUCUGUCUUUGCCCUAAUCGAUCUCUGCGUAGAGAGAGAGAAAGAGAGAGAGAGACAACUCGCCGAUAAGAUUCCGUCCGAUCUCGCCGUGACUCGUUGUCGAGACUCGUUUUAACUUGCCUGAUAUCUGUCGUUCGUUGAUCUGACUCCGUUUCGAUCCCUUUUAUAUAAUACUCUCGAGCUAAAAACGAUGGAUCCGAUGGAUAUAGUUGGAAAGUCCAAAGAAGAUGCUUCGCUUCCAAAAGCUACCAUGACAAAGAUUAUAAAGGAAAUGUUACCAGCAGAUGUUCGUGUUGCUAGAGAUGCUCAAGAUCUUCUGAUUGAGUGUUGUGUAGAAUUCAUAAAUCUUAUAUCAUCGGAGUCUAAUGAAGUGUGUAACAAAGAGGAUAAACGAACAAUCGCCCCUGAGCACGUACUCAAAGCGUUACAGGUUCUUGGCUUUGGGGAAUACGUUGAAGAAGUCUAUGCUGCUUAUGAGCAACAUAAAUAUGAAACCAUGCAAGAUUCACAGAGAAGCGUGAAGAUGAACAGCGGAGCAGAGAUGACGGAAGAAGAAGCAGCAGCGGAACAACAGAGAAUGUUUGCAGAAGCUCGAGCAAGAAUGAAUGGAGGUGUUUCAGUUCCUCAACCUGAGCAGCAGCAACUAGAAGAAACCCCACAGACAACAAGUCUACAAAGCUAAUCAACAAAACCAGAGAGGAACCUUUUUUUUUUUUUUUUCUUUCUUAACAUUAUCCUUUUUAACUUUUUUUUGCUUUCUUUCUAGCAUUUCUCUGUAAAGUGCAAAAUUCGUCGCGUCUCGGUGUUGAUAUGCUGCUCUUUACAUUAUUUAACUUAGAUUUAUGUUUUGUUUUGAAUCUUCUAAAAAUCACUUUGGUGAUUCAGAUGUAAUUAGUAAGGUUUGUCUUCUUCAAUCUUAACAAUUGUCGUCAUUCUGAUUCUAA